AUGUCCCGGCGUUUCCAACACCAAUCCUCAUCGGCAUCGAGCGUUAAAUUCGCCAAACCACAGUCUCAUCCAUCUCCGUCUCCAGCGUCAGCGUCACGAUCGUCGAGGUUUACCCGUCCCUGCUCAACCCAACAGCAGCCUCUAUCGGCACCAGGAACUACCACAUCACGUUUCCGCGAUCGGCCUAGCUUGAAAGACGAGAUAGAAACCUCGUUCGAAGAGCCUGACCAGUCUUCUCCACGGCUGCCUUCGAGGUCACGUUUCUCAUCUUCUGUGUCACAAUACCGAGAUGUAGAUGAUCUUGACGAUGAGAAUGAGGAGGACGAUCUGAACACUAACAACCUCCCGCCGAGAAGCCACCCAGAUCAUUCUGGAGAGAUCCAAGACGACGAGCUAGCAGACCUCGAGUUCUUGGAACGACUACGUGGGACACGAGGAUCGCAAUAUCCCAGGCAACACGAGAUAGACUCUCCUUCCGAGGACGAAACCUUCGCCACCCCCAUAGCAGCACGAAAACGAAGACGGCUAGAAAACAGGACAGAUCAUGCCUUCAGCACCAUAGAUGAUGUCGACCACCAGCCUGACAUCUUCCCCAAGCAGCCUACCUCCAACAAAGAAAACCACAACAAGGAGCCUGCAACCACCCCUCCUGCAUCCGCAUCCGGCUCCGCAUCCGAGUCUAACUCAGACAUCUCCUCCUCCCCCCUCGCCACCCCAACCAACCCACCAACCAGCACAACAACCGCGCGAUUCCGACUAAAACCAGCGCAUCCACAAAUCUCCACCUCGACCUCGACCUCUCUCGCACAGACAACUCCCACAGCAAAAACUCCAGGGCCUAGACCACUCUUCCGCCCGAAUCCCAAGCAGCACCCCCCCACCAGCCCCUCCCUGAAUGCCGAGCUCCCACCCGCAUUUUCCCCCUCGCGCCAUCGUGGUGGAGGCGGAAGAGCCAGAGACUACCUCACAGGCGGGGCGGCAGACACGGUCCGCAACCUGAUCUUGGGGCUUGGCGUCACGGAAGCGCAGGGACAGGGACAGGGACAGGGACAGGGGCAAGGUGGUAGUAGAGGGAUUGAGAGGGUGAGGGUUGCUUGCGUGCUGCGAGGAAGCUUGGGUGGGAGAUGCGUCAUGUUUAGGGAUGAGGUGGGAAGGGGUUGGGUUUUGAUCGGGCUGGGUGCUUCUGAUAGGAUGGGUGGCAAGGCAGAGAGGAAGAGGGUUGCUAUUGCAAAGGGAUGUGUGGUGGGUGUGAGGAUGGGGUGGGAUGUUGAUCUGAGUAUGGAGGGUAUGGAUACACAAGAGAAAGAGGAAGAGGAUGGUGAAAAUGGCAGGGAAGCAUUAUGGAAGUUAGCGGUGCUUUGGGAUGUGCUGGAUGCAUGA